UAAGCCGAGAUUAACUAUUGCAUCGACGUAUUAACUUCUCAAGGCUCGAGUGGAACGUAGGAAAUCAUCCGGGAGCUGGUUAUUCGUUUUAAAAAUGUCUAGUUUGCGGAAAAUUAUUGAUUCGUGUUUGCGAUUGGCGUGUAGCUUAAACGGGCUAUGCAUCGAUAAUUAUUUAUCAUCGUUAUCCGACAACGACGAUAAUAAUUAUGCGGUAUUCGCAAAGUUUGCGGGUGCGUGCCCUAGUGCGGUGCUCGCGGUUUUAUUCCGUUUGGGGCAUUUCUCGAUUUAUCUCCAGCUUUUAAUUAUUGCUGGCGAAAUAAUCGAGACAAGACGAGUGUUUAACGACAACGAGGAAGAGAAUGCGGGAGGCUAUAUCACCAGGCUGUCGAAUUGCUAUCAUGGUGCGGUAAAAAAUGGAACGCUACAACAUCCAACACCUAAAAAAACCAUGGUGGUGGAGGGUGUGGUGCGUGGUACGCGUCAAAACCGUGACGAGCGAGCUACUCGACGUCUCGGGGUAAGACGUCGAGCAGAUACCUCGCCUGAGGCCGGACCCUCGUCUCGUGCUCGAAUUGUUCUAACGCCUGAGCUCGUCGAUCUCGCGAGCGACGAAGCUGGACCCUCGU